AUGGCCCACUAUUCUGACAUUGCGACGCGGGCCUCUAUUGUUUGCCUCAAAGCCUGCAGCGGCAAGACCUCGGCCGAGAUUGCGGCCAUUCUUGGUGUAUCGGUCCGUCAAGUCAACCGUGUAUACGCUCGGGCAAUCGAACGAGGCUUCGAUCCCAAACAACGGCCGCUAUCGAUUCGCAACAACUAUGUUCAAGACGCUCCCAAAUCUGGCCGGCCGUCGAACAAGACGGGAAGGAGGGAAAGGUAG